AAAAACAAAAGGCAAGCCACAAAGAGAAGAAAUCAAAAACAUCUGCUAUGAACUCCCUGAAUUCUACCCUCUCUCUAAAUACAACUUUUGUGCGUCCCCCGUUUUUUUUCAUCACCGGUUUUCAUAACAUGCCCCAUGCCAAAUACUACUAUAUUUUCCUGUGCUUUGUUUUUGUGGUCACUGUGUUGGGGAACUCCUUUGUCAUGUUUAUUAUAUACACAGAGCGCAGCUUUCACACCCCAAAGUAUAUGGCCAUUUUUAAUUUGAUUAUAGCUGACUUGGGUGAAAGCACUGCUUUUAUUCCAAAUGUAAUUGCAAUGUUUCUUUUUGAUUCACAAUACAUCUCCUUUGACGCUUGCUUGGCCAACAUGUUUUUUGUGCUUUUAUUUGCCUGUUUACAGUCUCUAACUCUUACUGUUCUCGCCUAUGAUAGAUUGGUGGCAAUAUGCUUUCCAUUGAGAUACCAUGCCAUCAUCACAAUGCAAGCAAUGGUUGUGAUGUUAACAGUGGUGUGGGCAUAUGAUUCAGUUUUAAUGAUUUUAAUGGUGACUUUCAUUACCAGAUUGUCCUUUUGUAAAUCCAUUGUAGUACAAAGCUGCUUUUGUGAACAUGGGCCCGUAUACACAUUGGCAUGCAAUGACAAUUUUAUUAAUCACGUGAUAUCAAGAGUUCACGUGGCAUUAUUGCUGCAUUUACCCUUUAUUUUGACUGUAAUCUCAUAUGUAUUUAUUGCUGGUGCACUGUCUAAAAUAGCUUCAUCAGAAGGGCGAUUUAAAGCCAUUAAGACUUGUUCUGCACACCUAAUGCUGGUGGCUUUAUAUUAUCUUCCAAUAAUGGGAACCCACAUUGCUGGACUAACUUCAACCCUUCAUCUUAAUACCAGGAUAAUGAAUUUGUCCAUUGCAAAUUCCAUUACCCCCAUGAUGAACCCAAUCAUUUAUGUGCUGAACACUGAAGAGAUUAAGGAAUUCUCAAAAAAAAUUUUCAAAAGAAAAAAAAAAAAACUGCAACAGAAUUAAACAAUCAAAAUAAAGGAACAGAUUUAUAUUAAGAGACGGCUGCUUUUUACCGUAUCACAAACAGCAGUCCAGAGAGUCCAGAUCCAGAGGGGGAAACAGUGGUAAAAAUUCCUUAGCCUCUUUUGAACACAGAAAAUGUUAAAUGUUAAAAUGUUAUUUUGUGGAACCUUACGUUUCAGGGUCAAAGAAGAGCAACAAAAUUGAUUCCUAACAAAGUGUAUGUAAACUUUUGACCCAGGGAAAAUCUUAUAUAGUACAUAAAAGCUGAAAUAAAUCUGUAUCUUAGCUGUUAUUUAUAAAUUACCUCUUAUGGAAAUCAAGUAGAUAACCUAAUUGAUGUAACACAGGAAAUGUAUGGUUACAUGAAAAGUGUAGAGUUGUGAAAAAUUGAGUUUGAAUGUCUUCAGCCUAGGUGAAUGUAAACUUUUGGCCUCAACUGUAUGUGGCCACUGCAUAACUGGGGAGGUAGAAACAGAAAUGCACUUUUUCCUCCAUUGCGAGAAAUUAUCCUUCCUGUGAGAAAUAUUUCAAGAUCAAAUAAUAAAUAUAUUCCCUGAAUUUGCCAAUUUACCAAGGAGUGGUCCCAAAUAGAUCACAUGGGCAUGUUGGAAAGGAAGCAUCCUUCAUAAAGGUGCAAAAGCUGUAUAUUGCUUAUAUAAAAUUGCCUGCAAUUGCCAGUACAUUGUACAAAACACAAGAGCAUGAAUUAGGAUCUUUGAGAGAAGGUUUGACUUUCAAGCAAUCUGCCCAGUAGUGUGUACAUGCUGUUUUAAAUACGGUAGACAUAUACAGGUCUGUAGCAGUUGUCAAAGAUCUGUGCCGAUGCCCCUUGAUGGAGAGCAGGGUGAUGUUAACAUUAGGGCCGAUCAAUUUCAUUUCCUGUCUUUUGAGGAUUUCAGCAAAUGCAAACAUUUCACGUAAAACAUCGUUUUUUUGUGAUUAAUAAAAAUACAUGGCUACCCAGAGAGCAGCGUAUAUGUGGUCACU